AUGCUGAAGCUACAUCAAAAAUACGGCCCCGUUGUGAGAGUUGCGCCCAAUGAACUGUCGUUCAACACAGCCCAGUCCUGGAAAGACAUCUAUGACAAAAGGAAAGGCCAUAGCCCGUUCAUCAAGAGCGACUUUUAUGAUGGGGGGAACUUCGCUGCUGAAGCACACUCGAUAGUCAGUGUGCGAGACCCUGACGAACAUGCACAGAUGCGUCGAUAUCUCCGCGACGCCUUUUCGGAUCGUUCACUCAGGGAGCAAGAGUACCUCAUUAGCCAAGUGAUCGAUCACUUCAUCGACCGUAUUGGAGAGGAGGGAGGCAAGCCUGACGGUAUUGAUAUCGUCAUGUGGUUCAACUUGACAACAUUCGAUAUUAUCGGUAGUCUUGCUUUCGGUCAAUCUUUCGGCGGAGUCUCUUCAGGACAGGAGCAUCCAUGGGUCUCUAUUGUGGUUAAAAGUCUUAGAAUGGGAGCAAUGGCCGACUGCUUCAAAAGGUUUCCUUCGGUUGGAGCAAUCUUUCAGAAAGCCUUUCCGAGUCUUUUGACAAAGCUAAUCGAGGACACGCGGAAACACGAGGCUUACACCACGGAACUGGUUCAAAAACGAAUCAACCAGCAAAGUGACCGAAAAGACUUCCUCACCAAGAUCUUGGAGUAUCGGCAGACAGACAAUCUUUCCGACGUUCAGAUUGCAGCGCACUCGUCGGACUUUGUAAUCGCGGGAAGCGAGACGGCUGCGACGGCAUUAUCGUGCAUCACCUACUACCUUCAUCACAACUCCAGCAUCCUUGAACAACUCCGCCAGGAAAUCCGCACUUCAUUCAAAGCUUACGACGAGAUUAAUGACGCUUCAACCACGGGGCUAAAGUUAUUGAAUGCCAUCAUACUAGAGGGAAUGCGGAUGUACCCUCCACUCCCGUUCCCUCUCCCUCGGGUUGUUCCUCAAGGGGGAGAUACAGUUGACGGGCAUUUUAUUCCUGCAGGCACUGUUGUGUCAACCAAUCCUUUCGCUGCAUCAAUGUCACCGGAACAUUUUCAUGAGCCCUGGACCUUCAAACCUGAGAGAUGGAUGAACUCAAACAAAGAGGAUAUCCUCGAAGCAAGCCAGCCCUUCUCACUUGGAACCAGGAACUGUCUAGGGAAAAGUCUUGGAUGGAUGGAGCUUCGUAUUGUACUCGCCAAAAUGCAUUUCAAGUACAAUCUGGAGUUGUUGGAUCCCAGCAUGGACUGGCAUACGUCGUCGCAGAUGCACACUCUUUGGCAAAAGCCAACUAUGAAGGUCACUGUUCAGCCUGUUGCUCACUAA